GAGAGAGAGACUGAAAGAUACCUAGUGGAGAUGUGAGUCGCUGCUGAAGAUUCGCAACAACAACCAAGUGCUUUAGCGCACCUCCCCCUCCCACUGCGCUCGCUCAGAAAAAAUAAAAAAAAUGUUUCUCUUUUUCCUGAGAUACAGAGUGAUGUGAAUAUCUUUGGCUUUUGGAAACAGAGCUCUGAGACUGCCUAAAACAGAAAGAAUAGCGGAAACAGGAGUCGGACGCAUAAGCGAUCACACGGGAUUUCUUCAAACAGCGCUGCACUCAUGGACUUCCAAAAUGAUUCCACCGGCUUUGCUGACCCCAGACACUUCCGUCUGUACAACGAAUCCCUGUUCCAGAACAACCUCAGCUCCUUCAACGAGACUGACAGCUUCUUCCCAAGGGGUGUCAAGAUCACUAUAGCAGUGGUCUACAUGAUCGUCUGCGUGGUGGGGCUGGUUGGAAACUGCCUGGUCAUGUAUGUCAUUAUCAGAUAUACCAAGAUGAAGACGGCUACCAACAUCUAUAUCUUUAACCUGGCACUGGCUGAUGCGCUGGUUCUGGCUACACUUCCCUUCCAGGGCACGGAUGUAUUCCUUGGUUUCUGGCCCUUUGGCAAUGCCCUGUGCAAAGCGGUCAUCUCCAUUGACUACUAUAAUAUGUUUACUAGUGUGUUCACCUUGACCGUGAUGAGCAUGGAUCGAUAUGUGGCCGUGUGCCACCCGGUGAAAGCCCUGGACAUGCGGACGCCCCACAAGGCCAAAGUGGUCAAUAUAUGCGUGUGGGUCUUGGCUUCAGCCAUAGGGGUCCCGGCUAUGGUACUUGGAGAUGUGGAAGAUGACAACGGCAUCGAGUGCAUCUUGGUUCUCCCGGAUCCUCGCAGUUACUGGGACCCGGUGUUCGGGACGUGUGUUUUCCUUCUCUCCUUCCUGAUUCCUGUGGCGAUCAUCAGCGUGUGCUACAGCCUCAUGGUGAAGCGCCUCCGCAGCGUUCGCAUCCUAUCGGGAUCCAAGGAGAAAGAUCGCAACCUUCGGCGCAUCACGCGUAUGGUGCUGGUGGUCGUCGCAGCUUUCGUUGUAUGUUGGACGCCCAUCCAGAUCAUGGCCCUGGCGCAGUCACUGGGCUUCAACUUGGGCAGCGUCCAGACGGUGGUGUUUAUGCACUUCUGCAUUGCCCUGGGUUAUGUCAACAGCAGCCUUAACCCCGUCCUCUACGCAUUCCUCGACGAAAACUUCAAGCGCUGCUUCCGCGAGUUCUGCCACCCCUCACCAUUUGGCCUUGACGCGCAGCAGUCGAGCCGCAUGCGCAACAUCGCGCGUGAGGUGGCCUACAACUGCAAGACUGCGGAUGGUAAUAGUAACCCCGCAUGACUAGGCGUGGAGCUGCCCCUGGUCAGCCCUGAGCCGCAACCCAAUCCAGGGACAGGAAACUCAAACUCUGAGCUGACUCAGAUUACAACACUCUAGCACCACAGUCACCUCCGCCAGGUGGGCGGGGGAAAGGGUUGGGCUAGGAGUGAGGGCGGAGUCAAGUUAAACGACACGUCCUUUUAGGGACAAAGGGGCUCACUUUACAGUGUCUUAAUUGGAUUUGGAUGUUAUUGUCUACAGUUCUGUUCUUAUUCAAUAAUUAUUACACUUUGUCGGUCAGUGUUGCAGCCUUGUACAGAUGCUUUUUAUGUCUCUCUUUGCAACAAUCAAUGUUUCUCUUGAAAUUUAAGACUGUAGGAUUUCAUGGCCUUAAACAUACUUCUGAACCUAUGGAUUAAGUGUAUCAGUCAUUUUUGUGGUAUUGCCAAGUGUUGGACUGUACUAUAUACACUAUAGAGUAUAUAUAGUGUAUAAACAGUAUAUUAAAUGGACUGUACUAUAUAUUAUAUAACUAUAUAGUUAUGUUAUGACACGAAUCUGAAAAUACAGAGACUCGUAAAGCCUGAUUGUUAUUUUUUUUUUUUUAAAAAAAAGGUUGAUAUUUUUCUCCGUUUGACUGUACAAUAAGCAAAAAUAUUUUAUAUAUUCAUGUACGUUUGGUAGCACAGAUUCAAGCUUAAAAAAAUACUUGUAAAGAAAUGAAAACGUACUGCAAAACAGUUGCUGUAGUGUUCUAUUAUAUAUGUGCAUAAAAUGAAGUUAAUCACAUUCGAGGCUGUGCAUUGUUGAAGAUGUCCGUCAGCAUUACCUCGAUUAUUUUUUGAAUGUUUUCUGCGCCGCUCUGUAUCUGGCUUUGUUACUACAUACGGAUUCUUCUCGAUGAGACAGACAACAAGAGCCAGCACUGUCAUGGGUUUACAUCACAGACCACUGAAUGUGAAAAAAGAGACUAUAAAUAAGCCAAAUUAAAGAAAUAUAUAUAUAUAUUGAAAAUGUCAGUGAAAUAUAGAGAAAUUGUACACUUAAUGCUUAUUCCUGUGAACUUUUACUUGUUAUUGUGAUUGUUUGUUUACUUGCUGCAUUGACUGGCUGAUUAUCUACUUGCAUAUUUAUUGACUGGUGGGACCAUUUUCAGAUGGACUGAAAUCAAAUACCAGCUAGUGCUAUGGACGUUUACACCGCCUGUAUGGGAAAACUUUUUCUUUUCUGCAUACUUAUUAAAGAGCAGUUAUCAAAAGACACUUCUAUGUCUUGCUAUGAGUGUUAAACACUGUGUUUAUGAUUAAACAUUCUCACAGGAGGUUUUAUAUAUAUAUAUAUAUAUAUAUCUCAAAAUAACAUCCUGUGAUAAUGUUGAUUGAAAGGUGCAGGAACAAAAUAUGUGAACACUUGUGUUUCUUCAUAAAUUUCAAAGUCAGGACAUUUUAUGUCUUUUUUGAACACACUGUGUAAACUUUCACAUGCAUGGUGCAUUUAAUAACAGUUCAGUCAAAAAUGACAAGAGACAAACUUUAGUCAAAUUUUUAUUGGCAUAUUUUCCUAAAGUUACAAUUUGGCGGUAUGGCUCUGUUCUAAAUUCCCCGUCCUUUUCAUGAGCUCCAUGAAAGCCAAGACUGGGAACAGCAGCAGCUUCUGUGGACAACCUCCAAUUUUUUAACUGGGAGAGCAGCACAAAAUCCCUCUAUUGAGAACAGAGCAUGCAUCAAUGACAACAGAAUGACACUGGUUAAGUUAAACAAGUUUAAGGUGGAGCUGGGGAGGAGGUGGGUUGCAAGCAGCGUGCAGUGGAAGCGGCCAAGCAGAGAGACGGACGCUAAUGCGCCUUAUUUUAGAGUUGCCAAUGGAGUCCAUAGAAAUUGGAUCAGCUGAUAUGGGUGGGGUUGGAAUCUGCAAAUCAGCUGACAGCAGAGCUUGACUACGAGGCCUGCCUGAAUUAAUGCUGAAUGCUUGAUUUUGACCCAACUUCCACCAAGUUCCUCCACCUAACAAUUUCCAAUUGUGGAUCUGACCUGCACAAAUUCCUCUUUACAAAACUUUUCAGGUCAACAAUAUUCUUGGGAUGUCUGGUGGCUCUCUUGAGGUCAUGCCAAGCCAUCUCAUAGUGUUGUCACACCGCAACAGCUUGAGAUUGUCGAUUGACGAGACAAGGUGAUCAUUGCAAAUCCAUUUGUUCUUCCUGUCAGAAGUUUCACAAGCUCUUAUAGUAUGUCAGAAAUAGAACAUCAGUUUACUUUUGGGAAUUUGUCAUGUCGCUUCGCACGAUGCCGUAUACAGUGUAGACAGCAUUACUAAUUAUAAUGAAUUCUAUUUGCUUUUGUCGCAGUGAUUGUGUCUGGUGUAGACACGGUGGCAUUCGGAUCGAGAGCUCUGACUGAGCCACACGUUGAAGCAAUUCUGCUGUUGAUUUGCUCUUGAGCUCCUUUGUCUUGUUGGAUCACCCAAGUUAACUUGAGCUUCAAAUAAAGGACAUAUGGGCUUGUAUUCUCCAGCUAUAUGUCCUAAAAAAGAGAUUUAAUUAAAUUUUGUCAAUGAUAACAAGCUGUCAAGUCCCUCAGGCAACAAAGCAGCCCCAAAGCUAGUUAUUCACAUUCACUCCACACCAUGAAAGUUUAAACAGUGGGUUUAAUAAAUAAAUUUAAAUGUAUAAUUGUUUGUGUGUUAUUGGUUUGAGCAGACUGUGUUCAUCUAUUGCUGUAAAAAAUGUAUGAUAAAGGAUUCACAUACUUUGUCUUGCAACUGUAUAUCUCAACUAAGAAAAUGUGUGAAUGAGAUGCAUUCAUAUUGAGUGGCACCUCAGAUGCACAGCACAGCAAGAGUAUCUGCCAUCAUACUUCAUUUCACAGAUUGCUUUGUGAUUGUUAAAGAAAACAAAACCUUAGAUGUGAACAUGUCUUGAAAUUUGCAGGAAUUACAUGGUCUACAAUUUUUUAUAAGUCGUCUGCUUCAGAGAUAAAAUGUGCUAUUUAUUAUGUAUUUUGAUGUGUUGAAUUCAGAUGUGACAAUUAAAACAAAUGAUUGGCUCCA